AUGAAAAGGCCAGGAUACGGCCAGAAAGACACCCAGCAUUAUGGGCGCACAUUGGUUUUGUUGACGCGUCGAGCAUACGCGCCGCUGCGUUCAACAAUCUUUGUUGAUUCAAGGUACAUUCUCUGCGCGUUUGAAGACGAUUUCCCGUGUCAGACACGAACAGGCGCCUCAUGUCUGCGACUCCCCAUCGUAUUGGACUCUCAGACUACGCAAUACCAAACCGUCAGGGAAAGUUUACCAGAGGUCAAGGCGAUUCAGGUUGUGAGUGGAGACUCUUCACGACAAGCAGAACUCACAUUUUUGUCUGAUAGUGUGCACGCGAACGCUGCUUUCUUCAGAGAACCGUGA